GGCAGACAUGUGGCCUGGGUUCCGGGACGUGGACGCGGGCUGCCAGGCCCUGUGACCGGAGGACCCCGAGCCCCGGCCGGGGAAGGGGCCAUGGUGCAGCCUGGCCGACAUGUCAGCCGAAGUGCGGCUGAAGCGGCUCCAACAGCUGGUGCUGGACCCCGGCUUCCUGGGGCUGGAGCCCCUGCUCGACCUUCUCCUGGGCGUCCACCAGGAGCUGGGCGCCUCAGAGCUGGCCCAGGACAAGUACGUGGUGGACUUCCUGCGGUGGGCGGAGCCCAUUGCGGCGAGGCUUAAGGAGGUCCGGCUGCAGAGGGAUGACUUUGAGAUUCUGAAGGUGAUCGGGCGCGGGGCGUUCAGCGAGGUAGCGGUGGUGAAGAUGAGGCAGACGGGUCAGGUGUAUGCCAUGAAGAUCAUGAAUAAAUGGGACAUGCUGAAGAGGGGCGAGGUGUCAUGCUUCCGGGAAGAGCGGGAUGUGUUGGUGAACGGGGACCGGCGCUGGAUCACACAGCUGCACUUCGCCUUCCAGGACGAGAACUACCUGUACCUGGUCAUGGAGUACUACGUGGGUGGGGACCUGCUAACGCUGCUGAGCAAGUUUGGGGAGCGGAUCCCAGCCGAGAUGGCGCGCUUCUACCUUGCGGAGAUCGUCAUGGCCAUAGACUCGGUGCACCGGCUGGGCUAUGUGCACAGGGACAUAAAACCCGACAACAUCUUACUGGACCGAUGUGGCCACAUUCGACUGGCUGACUUCGGCUCCUGUCUCAAGCUGCGGGCGGAUGGAACGGUGAGGUCGCUGGUCGCCGUGGGCACUCCAGACUACCUGUCCCCCGAGAUUCUGCAAGCCGUGGGAGGCGCGCCGGGGACUGGCAGCUAUGGGCCUGAAUGUGACUGGUGGGCACUGGGUGUGUUUGCCUAUGAAAUGUUCUAUGGGCAGACGCCCUUCUAUGCCGAUUCCACGGCAGAGACCUAUGGCAAGAUCGUCCACUACAAGGAGCACCUGUCUCUGCCACUGGCUGACACAGGCGUCCCCGAGGAGGCCCGAGACCUCAUCCAGGGGCUGCUGUGCCCCGCUGAGGUCCGGCUAGGCCGGGGUGGAGCAGAUGACUUCCGCAAGCAUCCUUUCUUCUUUGGCCUGGAUUGGGAGGGGCUUGGGGACAGCGUGCCGCCCUUCACACCGGACUUUGAGGGUGCCACAGACACGUGCAACUUCGACGUGGUGGAGGAUGGGCUCACUGCCAUGGUGAGCGGGGGAGGGGAGACGCUGUCAGACAUGCAGGAAGGCAUGCCACUGGGUGUCCACCUGCCUUUUGUGGGCUACUCCUACUCGUACAUGGCCCUCAGAGAUAAUGAGAUCCCAGACUCCAUACCCAUGGAACUGGAGGAGGCCCAGCAGUUGCCUGAGCCACAGGUGCGAAUGCCUAGCGAGGAGCCCACCCUGCCCCCUGCAGUGUCCCCACCCCAGGAACUGGCUGAAGCGGCCCUGUCUGUGGCUGCCCCUGCGGCUGUGGCCGAGUCCGAGAGCGAGGUGACACUGCGAGAGCUCCAGGAGGCCCUGGAGAAGGAGGUGCUCACGCGGCAGAGCCUGAGCCGCGAGCUGGAGGCCAUCCGAACGGCCAACCAGAACUUUGCCAGUCAAUUGCAGGAAGCCGAGGCUCAGAACCGGGAGCUGGAGGCGCGCGUGCGGCAACUGCAGGAGCGGAUGGAGCUGCUACAGGCCCAGGGAGCCACAGCUGUCACGGGGGUCCCCAGUCCCCGGGCCACGGAUCCACCUUCCCAUCUAGAUGGCCCCCCGGCCGUGGCUCUGGGCCAGUGCCCGCUGGUGGGGCCGGGCCCCCUGCACCGCCGCCACCUGCUGUUCCCUGCCCGGGUCCCUAGGCCUGGCCUACCGGAGGCGCGUGGCCUGCUCCUGCUCGCCGCUGCUGUGGCUUGUGCCGCCGCCCUGGGCCGCACUGGGUUGGUGGCCCGCACCAGCCUUCUCGCCCCCAUCUGGCUUCCCCCGGGAGCCUCCUUCGCCCCCUGAGCCCUAGAGCCCCAGACAAGCCCCCCCGCCCCACAUUUGGGCCAAUGCACAGCCCUGAAGCGUCCACACAGCAGCCCGUCUGGGUCUUGGCCCAGCUCCGAUCCUGUGAUCCGUGCCCGCCCCCUGGCGGCCGGGGAGGGAGGAGCCGUGGCUGUGGGAGGAGCACCGGGCUCUGGGGCGGGGUU